AUGGAUGCCAACAACCAUGACAAGAGGCGCAAAAUGUGCUGCGCUCCAGGCCAAUGUGCCGGCUGCCAAUUGUUUCAAGGCGAGUCCCAAGUGGAACAAACACCCAACACCAAGCAGAGCUUGAGGGUACAAAUGACGCUCGAACAGGCAUACCCUAUAGAAUACUAA